AUGUUCAAAAGGCACAAGUCCCUUGUUUCAGAGCGCAAGAGAGAAUUACUUUCCCAAGGAGCUACGCGGUCCAUAUUGAGGAAUGAUUUGAGAAAUUUUCACUGUUUGUCGCAACUUGUACUUGCAGCAGGCCCUCUGAAACCAAUUCCAGUGGUCAAACAUUCAAAAAUUCCUCACUUUGAGAUUGAAAUACUUGAUGCUGCAACAAGAAAGCAGAUAUGUAUUGUGGAUAAGGUUACACAAACAUCUACUAUUCAUGAUGUUAAACAAAAAUUUCACAGAGCAUGUCCAAAGUGGUACCCUUCCCGGAUUGGUCUACAGCUAGAACAUGGUGGGCCUUUUUUGAGGGAUUAUAUCAGCAUUCAAAGCAUUGCAGCUUCUUCCAUGAUUACACUCUAUGUUACAGACUUAGGUCAACAGGUCAGUUGGACCACAGUAUUUUUGGCUGAAUACACAGGACCUCUUCUAAUAUACCUCAUGUUUUAUUUGAGGAUUCCAUACAUAUAUGAUAUGAAAGAGAGUUCUGGAAGAUUAUGCCAUCCAGUAGUACACUUGGCCUGCUUCUGCCAUUGUAUACAUUACAUCCGAUAUCUUUUGGAAACCUUAUUUGUUCACAAAGUUUCUAGAGGACAUACACCUUUGAAAAACUUGAUAAUGGGUUGUGCCUUUUAUUGGGGAUUCACUUGUUGGAUUGCCUACUACAUUAAUCACCCAUGGUAUACACCACCAUCAUUUGGAGUCAGGCAAGUCACAAUUUCUGCUAUCAAUUUUCUGAUUUGUGAAGCUGGGAAUCAUUUCAUCAAUGUGGUGUUGGCUCAUCCCAAUCACACAGGAAGUAAUGCUUGUUUCCCAAGGCCAAGUUAUAACCCUUUCACAUGGUUGUUUAUCCUGGUUUCGUGUCCUAACUAUACCUAUGAGAUUGGAUCAUGGAUUAGUUUCACAGUCAUGACACAAACGCUGCCAGUUGGAAUUUUUACCCUUCUGAUGAGUAUCCAGAUGUCUUUGUGGGCGCAAAAGAAACACAAGGUUUAUCUCAAGAAGUUUGAUUCUUAUAUGCAUAAGAAAUCAGCAUUGAUUCCAUUCAUAUUGUAAGAAACAAAAUUGCAUUCUUAUUUCAUAUACAGAAAGGCAGGAAAUAAAGUCACUAUCAGACAAUUAAGGAUGGCUGACUUUUAUGCUCAAUCAAUUCACAAACAGCACAUUUAUAUUGUACCUAAUUAUCAUAUAUAACAUUAGAAUUUAGUUAAUUUUAGAAUAAUAAACUUGAGGCAAAUGAAAAUUACAAAUAAAUAAGAUUAAUAAAGAAUGGUAAUAAGAUUAAUAAAGAAUAGUACUGAUCAUUUUUUGCAAGGGAUCAGUGCUUGAACAAGAUUUUCAUUAAGUCUUACACAACACUAUUUGCAUAAAACAAUACAUCAGAGUACUAAAGUAACAUAUUUUUUAAAGUUUUAACACUUAAAUCGCUUAAAUUGCGCAAAUUUUUUUGAUGGUAACUGAGUUUUUUGUUGUUGUUGUUGUUCAAUGUAUUACCUAGCAGUGUCAGAUACCGUAUGUUAUUAGGUCAACUUCUUGUAAAAAUUCUCCCUGUAUUAAAAGUGAAACACUUG